AUGUGUGACAGCACUGUACGUGUGACGUCAAAACUGGGAAUUGGAAAGUGGAAAUAUCGAUAUCAGCUUGUCGUCGGCUCACUUGACAAAGACAUUUACGUCAAAGAUGUAACGAUGAUCAAUUGCGGCAAGGCAGCAGGAAUCAAAGUUUACGAGGGCGGCCGUGGAACUUCAUCAGUGACAAACGUCACAUGGGAUGGAGCGACGGUAGAUGGCUGUGACUACGGCGUCCAGAUUCAGAGCUGCUACGGCACCGAUGCGGCUGGCUGUGCUGCCAACCCGAGCAAAGCCAUACUUGACCAGAUCUACUUCAAGAACUUCAAGGGAACGACGAAUGCAUCAGAGCAAUUCGACAUCAACAACGACGGACUGCGGUUCGUAUCCACGAUUCUCGGCUUUCUUUAG